AUGGCUGAAAGUGGUCAUUCCAGGCAUAUCUCAGGUAAAAUGAUUUUAAUGGCUGGCCUAGUUGGAGUUGCAGCAAUAUUAAUCAUUUCAGGAUUGAUAUGGAUUCUUUUCAGAAUAAGACACAAAAAAAAUCUGUCAACAAAAAAAACUGCCACUAAUUCUGAAUCUUGUGAUUCCUAUUCUGAAGAUUCCAAUGAUCUCAAGAUAUCAGCCAAGGAGAUUUACUUGGCCACAGACAAUCUCAAUGAAGUCAACUUGAUUGGCCAAGGCAUAGCUGGGAAGGUGUACAGAGGAGUGCUAGGUGACGGGCAGCAUGUCGCCGUUAAGCACAUAAUCAACGACGACGGACAUGCUGAGACAUUCGUCCGGGAAGUUACGAGCCUGUCUCACAUCAGACAUCCAAACCUUGUAGCUCUGGUGGGAUACUGUGAGCACAAUGAUGAAUGUUUCUUAGUUUAUGAGCUGUGUCACAAUGGUAACCUAGCAGAGUGGUUAUAUGGUAAAUAUAAGGUUCUUUCUUGGAUCCAAAGACUUGAGAUUGCAAUUGAUUGUGCUAGAGGUUUAUGGUUUCUUCACACUUACCCAGAAGGUUGUAUUGUUCAUCGCGAUAUCAAGCCAACCAACAUCCUCAUCAAUGCUGAAUUUCAAGCAAAACUCGCAGACUUUGGAUUAUCGAAAGUUAUGAAUGUGGAUCAAUCUUAUGUGAGCUCAGAAGUAAGAGGAACGUUUGGUUAUGUUGAUCCUGACUAUCGAACAAAUCGCCGCGUAAAUUCAAAAGGCGAUGUCUACAGUUUCGGUAUAGUUCUAUUACAGCUUAUCUCAGGGAAGAGGGUGAUCAAUCUGAAUUUCACCAGACCAAUGCAGCUAAAUAAGAUGGCAAAAUUUCUGUCAGAAAAUGGCAACACAACAGAAUUUGCUGAUACUAAACUUAAUGGGGAUUACUCAGUUGAAGCCUUGGAGAUGUUACUCAAGCUAGCCUUGUCAUGUACUGGGAUUAGGCAAAAUAGACCAUCAAUGGAGCAAGUGGUAAUGAAAUUAGAGAAAGCUCUUGACAUCUCUAUGGUCAUGACAUCUAUUUCGUAUGCCAUGUAACACGGAAACGAA